AUGUUGAAGGAGUCAUCAGGAACAGGUGGAGCUGGGGAUGGCAACAGCAGCAACAGCACCGCCUCCACCGGUCCGUUGCCCAGUGAUGAGUUAGCACGUAUUGAGUCCCUCACAGACGCACAACUACGCACACGCGCAAAUAUGCUCCAGCGUGAGAUUCAACAAAUGAAAAAUGAGGAACGUGCAAAGAUGGGAGAAUUGCAAAGACUCAAGAAGGAACUUGAGGAUGAUAAGAAACGUGUGCGGGAUAAUAACAAGUUACCAUAUCUGGUAGCAAGCAUAGCAGAGGUGCUGGAUAUGGAUGAUGAUGACGCGGAGGCAGAAGAGUUGGAUGUGGGUCGUAAAAAGUCCAAACGUAAACAGAAGAGUGCUGUUAUUAAGACAUCUAAUCGACAAACUGUGUUUUUACCUGUUGUUGGACUUGUGGAUGCAAAUAAACUAUCGCCGCAGGAUUUGGUGGGUGUGAAUAAAGAUACAUAUCUCGUAUUGGAUACACUCCCACCAGAGUACGACAGUCGUGUGAAGGCGAUGGAAAUUGAAGAGCGACCAACAGAGAAGUACACAGAUGUUGGAGGUCUUGAUAAACAGAUUAACGAAAUGAUUGAGGCUGUGGUUCUCCCCAUUACAGAGAAGGAGAAGUAUGAACGUAUUGGUAUUAAACCACCGAAGGGUGUAUUAUUGUAUGGUUCUCCCGGUACUGGAAAGACAAUGCUCGCCCGUGCCUGUGCGGCCGCUACGAAUGCCUGUUUUCUUCGUCUUGCCGGUCCGCAGUUGGUGCAGAUGUACAUUGGAGAAGGAGCCCGUAUUCUCCGGGAUGCCUUUGCCCUUGCGAAGAAGAAGGCCCCAACGAUUAUCUUCAUUGAUGAACUCGACGCCGUGGGGUCUCGCCGCUCGGAUGCCGGCGGUAAACACGGCUCACGUGAGGUGCAGCGCACCAUGUUGGAGUUACUCUCCCAACUGGAUGGUUUUGGCAGCAACGAUGAUGUAAAAGUAAUUGCGGCAACCAAUCGUAUUGAUGUAUUGGAUCCAGCUCUCCUGCGUAGUGGUCGUCUCGAUCGAAAGGUGGAGUUUACACUGCCAGAUGAGGAGGCGCGGGCCCGCAUUCUGGAGAUUCACUCCAGACGCAUGGCUCGACAUGCGGAUGUGAACUUUGAGGAGAUUGCGAGAAUGACGGAGGACAUGAAUGGAGCGCAACUGAAGGCCGUUUGUGUGGAGGCGGGAAUGUUGGCGCUGCGCAAUGACCGGGCGUAUGUGUUGCAUGAGGACUUUGCAGAGGGAGUGACGGCAGUGCUAUCACGAAAGAAAUCCAGUCUCAACUACUAUGCGUAA